UUCUGCCACCACAUGCUCACUACACUUCACAUGUGUUGCGGCGUGAGUUCUAACCUCAAAAGAAACAAGUGCACAACACUUCCACUCCUAUUUUAAUCGUCUUUAACCGUCAUCAUCAUGCGUUAUGCACAAUUAGUAGUAGGCCCCGCAGGCUGCGGCAAGAGUACCUACUGCAGUGCACUCGUCCAGCACGGCGUCGACACCAAACGCACAAUCGAAGUAGUAAACCUCGACCCCGCCGCAGAACACUUUGACUACCAACCAGUCGUCGACAUUCGCGAACUCAUCCAUGUACAAGACACCAUGGAAGAUGAAGAGCUCCACUUUGGACCCAAUGGAGGUCUCAUCUUCUGCAUAGAAUAUCUAGUAGAAAACUCAGACUGGUUACAGGAGAGAAUAGGUGAACAGGAAGAUGAUUACCUUCUCUUUGAUUGCCCAGGCCAGAUAGAACUCUACACACAUUUAACAGCCAUCAAAAAACUAAUCAACUUAUUACAAAACUGGAACUUUAACAUCUGCAGCGUAUUCCUCAUUGAUGUACAAUUCAUGACUGAUGGGGCAAAGUUUCUCUCUGGUACAAUGGCUGCACUAAGUGUGAUGGUCAAUUUAGAGCUACCACACAUGAAUAUCCUCUCCAAAAUGGAUUUACUCAGUAAAGGAGUAAGAAAACAACUGGAUAGAUUCCUAGACCCUGAUUCACAUGCAAUCAUGGGUGACAUAGAACAAUCGGGCAGUCAUUUUGGUGAGAAACACAAAAAACUCACAGAAGCAAUCGGGAAAUUGAUCGAGGAUUACUCCCUGGUGCGUUUCACACCGUUAAAUCUCAAGAGCCAGGAGAGUAUUACAAAUGUCCUGCUUACAAUCGACAAUAUCAUUCAAUACGGUGAAGAUUUAGACGUUAAAACGAAAGAUUUCGAAGAUGCCGACCCGAAUGAUGAUUAAUAUAGUUGUUUUCUAUUUACAACAA